AUGCCGUACCUCUCCGCCCGCGAGCAGCUCUUCUCCUCUUCCACCUCCUCCACGUCGCCACAUCAGAGCCGUCCGAGCCAACGCGUGAUCAACGUGCCGAUCAGUGCUCCGUGGUAUUCCCGCGAGCCGAUCGUCAACCGGGAACCGCCGUCGACGUCGUCGCAGAGUCCCGUUCCACGCCUGCCGAAUGCGGUCAAAUACUCUCCCAAUCCGUAUCGGGUAUCCUUUUAUUUGUCCUUUCUCUCUCUCUCUCUCUUUCUCUUUUUGUCGGCGUUUUCAGCCGUGGGAACAAUUGUGUGGCAUGCGAACAUGCAGUGAUUCAGAGCAUGAAUUCUAUAGUGUCGGGGAACGGACCGAGUUCAAUCCGUUCAGUUCUCCGACACUUCACAAAAUGCAAUAAUAUCAAAGAAAUAAAAUUUAUUUUCAGAUUUCGUUCGACGAGUUCUCAGUGCCUCACCCGUCCCAAAUGCGCGAUCAUCUCCGCUUCAACAUCGACCUCUCCCACGAUUUGCCGCUCUCAAUUUCCCGUCGCUAG